CUUGCAGGUGUCUCUUUCUUGGAACGUUAUGGCUGGUUCAUUGUUCUUGGUCUGAUUAUCUUAGUCUUCCUGUGGCAAAAACUGAGGCCGUAUUGGAAAGAUUUACAGGACAGAUGGGAGCGCCAAAGAGAAAUUGCAAACUUUGGUGAGUAAUUUUGGCCUAUAUCAUUCUUGUCUUGCUUGCUAGUUGAAGUUUUUGUUUGAGGAAUGAAUUUUAAAGGGAGAGAAGUUUUGGAAGCCAAAUCUUUUAAGGAAGGUGUGAAAUAUAAAGUGGUACUCUGCAAAGUGUUUGGCGAGAGAGCAGAUGGCCUGUCUGGCCUUUGUUCUACCAUUUUGGUGAGCGAUCUUAAUAAGAAACCCUCUAUGGAAGUAGUUUAUAUAUUUUUGAGGGUAAAAGUGUUGAAUAGCCCCCCUAAAAUUCUGUCAGCCAACUGUCAGUAAACUGUUGACCAACAGACCACUGACAUUCUAUGACCAUGGUAAAUAAAGACGACAAAAGUGUUAAUUAUUCCUCUUGAGUAAUAAUAUAUUUCAAGAUCACUCGUCAUGGGUAAAAUAUAAACUAAAAAAAACACACCUUUACUGCUGCAGUACCAUAAUUAUUUCUUCAAAUCAAGGUGAUUAUAUUUUCAAAUAUUCGUCACUGGAAGUCGCGCCCUAAAUAUUUUGUUUUAUUAUCCGAUAAUAUUAAAUAAAAAAAUUAUCGCAUCAAAUAAACUGAACAUGGGCUUUUUAAGUGUUUCAAAUUUGGUUCCUUGGUUAAUUUUCAUAGCUUGAAUUAUCACUGAUCAGUUUUGCUGGAUCAGAGUCUACUUCAGCUUGACAGGGAGGGGAUAAAAGAAAGAGAAGAUGGCAAGAGGGGUGGGGAGGGGGGUGAUUAUUCUAGGCAGUUGAUUUUUAAGAAUAUUUCUGUCAAAGGAGGGCAAUUAUUCGAGGGAGGUGAUUAAUCAAGGGACGACUAUAGUUAUCCCUGCCUACAGUCAGCCAACCGUUUUUCAGGGGAGCUGUCCUUCCCUUUUUCCUUUUCUGGAGCAACAUGUGAAUACCAGACAGAAAUUAUUUGCAAUUUGCACAAUUCUCCCAUAAUACACUUUGUUGGCCCCCCAAAGUUUUGCAUAGCCUUUGUGUUUCAUUUCUCCUAGGUAUUAGGGUCGUCUUAAGGGAAAUUGAAGACAAUGCUUAUGCAAAAUUUAGGGGGGAAAACAAGGUCUACUAUGGGAGAUGUGCAAAUGGCAAAUUGGUGAAUUGAGACACUGAGCUAGCCUGAGAAAACAGCCAACAUUUGGUGACGGUACCACUGGUUUCCCCUCAAAAUGACGUCUGAGAAACGUGGGCAGAAAUUCCUUACUGAUGACACGUCACUACCCAGAUCUGGGUAGUGAGCUGACAGUGCCAAAUUCCCAGACAACUGCUGAAAAAUGACAACAGCUGUCAGUUUUGUUCUUAAAUCAUUGCCCUUGAUACUUAGAUCCUAUUAAAGCUGCAACUCAGCAGGAAAGAAUGGAGGAUGCGAGAAGGAGAUGGCAGGAAAAACAGGAUGCAAUGGCUGCUAAGUACAUCGAAGACAAAAAGUUGGUUAGUAUAUUAUUAUCACAUUGCCCAUUCUGUUCACAAUUUUUUUUAAGGAAAUACAUUGUAUCAUAGCACAACCUGGCAGUCUAUAAAUUAAUAUACAUGUAGCUUGUGCAUAUAUCGGAUUCAAAGCAUAUAUUGAUUAUAAUGCUCACAGUUAUUGUGAGCAUGGUUUAUUUCAUCUUAGACAUUUUAAGUAUUGACCUGUGGAGCCAGUGUAGCUCAAAGGAAGAGCCCCUUCGACAAAGAAACAACUAAUGAAAUCAAAUAAAUGGGCUUUACCGAGUUUACUAUAAAUAUAGGUCUUGAGGAGUGAAAGGAAUUUCAAAGUGUGCAAUUUUGAUGAGGCAUCCUUGGCACAUUGCAAUUUUGAGUAUCUUUUACAGGUCAAAUUUGAUUUCAGGUUAAUUUUGUUUUACCCCAGGUUGAUUCAUACAGUAUUAACAAGGGUUUUUUUACAAGAACAUAUAUGGUUGUUAUGACUGGUGAUCGCAUUACUGAGGUGGCUGUAAGGCAGGGUUUCUCUCUUUCUCGUGGUAUAACCAAGUGUUUUUUUAAUGAUUCCCAAUAUUUCAGGAAGAGGAGGAAAAAAGAAGAGAGAGGAUAGAAGACUGGGACAGACAUCAACAAGGAAAAGGAUAUCGCUCCAAAAAAUUCAAAUCUUCGGUAAAUAUUCUACUGUUUUGUUAGGGCACAAAUAAAAUCAAUUUUCAUUCGACUAGUUUUUGUUUUUUUUUAACUGAGAUUUUUUUUUUCAUUUUUUGUUAAGGAUGAGUCAAAUGAAGCCCGAGGUGUUGCGAAGCCAAAGAAAUCAGACAAACCUCUCAGAAAAUCAGGUAAAGAAUACAUGUCAAUUCAAAAUACAUGACACAUAAGAUAUACACCCAUCUCCAAAUUUAAGUUUGGAAAUGAUCAGUUGUAAAAAGGCUACAAAAAUGUUUUAAGGGUGAGCACAAGUUUGGUGUUGCCCUGGCAACACAUAAUCAGUUAACAUUGUAAUGUUGAUUUUACAGAUUACAGUCCAUUAUCAGGAGGUGGGGGAGGAUUUAGUUACAGACCUUCAAGAAGAGGUAAUAAUCUCAGG